AUGGGGUUCGGCAGCUUCAACGACCUUUGCGCGAAGACCCCUCUGCCACUAUGUCCUCUCGUAGGACCGCCAUCGCCGCUCACCGGCUCUCAUGGCAUCCAAAGCAACUGCUACGCGCGGUCAAUAGAGCUGGCCAACACCAUCAUCUUUGAAGGAGCCGCAGGGUUCGCGCACAUACUUGCACUCGUCAUGACUGUCAUUAUGAUCAUACAUGUGCGGAGCAAGUUCACAGCUGUUGGCCGCAAGGAGAUUACGACUUUCUUCUACGCUUACACCCUCCUUACGAUAUUCUCGCUAUUGGUCGACUGCGGUGUCGUCCCGCCAGGAAGUGGAGCAUAUGCCUACUUUGUAGCGGCACAGCUUGGUCUCGCAUCAGCGACAUGCAUCUCGCUGAUGAUCAACGGAUUUGUCGGUUUCCAGCUUUACGAAGACGGCACUACGCUUUCAGUCUGGCUACUCCGUGUCUGCAGCAUCGUGAUGUUCUUGAUCAGCUUCGCGGUCGGCCUCUUGACGUUCAAGGGCUGGGCAGGACUUGGCCCUGAGAACACCACCGGAAUAUUCGUCGUGGUCUACCUUUUCAGCGCGCUCUUCCUGGCCGUUUACAUUGUCAUGCAGUUGAUCCUGAUCAUCGGCACACUGCAGGAGCGAUGGCCACUACUCCACAUCUUCUUUGGCGUGCUAGCUUUUGUCCUCGGACAGGUCAUUCUCUAUCAGUUCAGCGAGACGAUCUGCGACACCGCUGAGCACUACCUGGACGCACUGUUCUUCAGCACGCUCGCCAACUUACUGGCUGUGAUGAUGGUGUACAAAUAUUGGGACUCAAUUACCAAGGAGGAUCUGGAGUUCUCAGUGGGUCAAAGACAGAACAACUGGGAAGUGAAGGAGCUGCUGCCGUCAGAUGGAACGGAAAAGAGGAACACCAUGUACGACGAUAGCGAAUACUCAGGCAGUGUGUUCCACCAUCAGCCGCAGCGGACGUCGACUUUUGGUGGAUACUAG